AUGAUCAACCUAAACGGUCGAAAACACCUACUCCUUCAGAUAAUAAUAAUAACUUACAACCAAAUAAAGUACAACCUGAACAAAAGAAUUUAGUUAAAAAAUCAGAUGAUCAACCUAAACGGUCGAAAACACUCACUCGUUCAGAUAAUAAUAAUAACUUACAGCCAAAUAAGGCACAAUCUGAACAGCAAAAGAAUUUAAUUAAAAAAUCAAAUGAUCAACCUAAACGAUCAACAACACCCGUUCCUUCAGAUAAUAAUAACUUACAGCCAAAUAAGGCACAACUUGAACGACAAAAGAAUUUGAUUAAACCAGAUAACUUUAUUGAAGAACUAUUUUAUGCAGAACUUUCUUUUGAAGUUUCAUCAGAAACAAAGAAAUCGGAACAAAUAGAAGAAAUAGAUGAAUCUGAAGAGGCAUUAAUCGUUGAAUGGUUAAUUGGUACCGGUUUAGUAUUUGAAAAAGCCAGACCUAUCAUCCAAGAUGAACUGGAUGAUGCCAUCAAUCGAAGAGUUACUGUAAUCGUUGCAGUGGAGUUUUUAAUGCAACAAAUCCUCGUGGAAGAUGGCCGUCGGAUGAAAAAUGACAUAACCGAUUUACAAAUUAUGGACAAAACGAAAUCUUUGAUAGACAAACAAAAAUCUUUGACAGAAAAACGAAAUGCUUUGAUAGAGAAACGAAAAUCGGUAAAUGAUUCAGAAUACAAAGUAUGGU